AUGGACGCCGACGAUGAACCUCUCCAACUCCCCUCCGACACUCUACAACUGCUCCAGCAAUUCCAGUCCGAAAAGGAAGCCCACACCCAACGCUUCCAAGCCCUGCAAUCCCGCUCCGAGGCUGCCUUCGAAAAGGACGACAAUGACAAUGGCUCGCUCGAAAACACACCACUCUCCAUGGACCUCUUCACCGAAGACUGGAACGCGAGUCAGUUCUGGUACACGGACAGCACGGCCCGUAUCCUCGCCCAGCAACUCCUCUCCAACAUUCCCAGCGACAACGACCAUGCGAUCGCCAUCGUUUCCGCCCCAAGCAUCUACAUAGCCUUGCAUAACCUCUUACUCGAAGCCAAAUCUACAACCCCAAAACCCACAGUCCGCCUCUUGGAAUUCGACACUCGUUUCCAAGUCCUCGGAAAAGACUACGUCCCAUACGACUAUCAAAAUCCCCUACGCCUCCCCGCCGAGCUGAAGGGCAAAUUCAGCCACAUUGUCUGCGACCCGCCCUUUCUAUCCGAAGACUGCCAGACGAAGACGGCGUUGACGGUGCGAUGGCUUGCGCGCAGUUGGCGACAGCCUUCCGACGACAGUGUGCGCUUCAUCGCGUGCACGGGCGAACGAAUGGAAGAAACGGUGUUGAAGCUGUACGGGCCCCUGGGAACGAAAACGACCACAUUCGAGCCAGAGCAUAGCAAAGGCUUGAGCAACGAGUUCCGCUGCUACGCAAACUUUGAGUGCGACGAGUGGAAGUGGCGGUGA